UUUUAUGAAUUUCUUUUUAAGAAGUCUGGAAAUUGUCAAUUAGAUUUGUAGAGAGAGAGAGAGAGAUGGAGAGAGAGAGAAAGGGAGAAGAAAGAGAGAAGGUGUGCAAGAGAUGCAAGCAAAGCUACACGGAGUCCUCCAACACCUCUUCUUCUUGUCGCUUCCAUCCUUCCUUCUUCGUUUGCCGUCGCCACGAUGAUCAGAAAAGGUACUAUGAGCUUGGACCGAAUGAUCCACCAUAUGCGGCCAAGUUUUACGACUGUUGCGGGGCAGAGGACCCCGAGGCACCCGGCUGCGUCACAACUUCUCACCUUUCCUAUGACGACGCUGAUUGAUGUUGUACUGUUUAUGCGAAGAACGGGACAAAAAAACCCGGACGAACUUUGUAGAUAAGAUCUCCAGACCUUUUGGAUUGGACUAGUUUGCUCGAAGUCUUGAGUCAAUAAUCACAUAAACCUCUUUAAAGAGAGGUUUAUCUCGGGAUUGAACCAGUCGAACUAAUCCCGAUUAGCAGCGAGUAAUGGUGUCAUUAGCGAGGAACAAAAUCGUUGGUUAUGGGGUAAUGGAUGGAUCCUUGAAAAGGAAAGUAUGGAUAUGACUUGAUACUCGAGGCGUUUGGUGAGAUUGGAUUCGGUGCAAAUUACUCAAAUUAGGUAUGAAGCAGAAAGGGUAAAAUGCAACGAACGAGACUUUACUUGA